CUGCUGCCACGUCUGCCAUCUUACUAACAACACACUUAACCAACACCAAAUCAAAAGCAGUUUCAUCGCGAGAUGAGCGCUAACGAUAUUCUUCACGUCGCUCUCGCUAAUCAGCUAGGCCCUCGCGAUCAGAUCAAGAUCAUUGGGCCCUUUGCGUUGGGCGUACGCAAGCAGAGAGGAGACAGUGAAGGCGAACAAGGCCUGCACAUCGACUCCUUGCUGGUCCUCGUCUCGACGAUCAGCAAAGAUGUCGGAGCGAAAGCCUUUUUGCUCCCAGACACAAGGCAAGCUGGCAUAUUCGCGGCACUUCGGCUCAUUCUGCACUUCUUCUCGUCAAGAGCGACUCGCUCAUGCAGAUCAGCCUUUCUGCGGGCUCGUCGUGCAUCGAGUGGUCCUCUCCAAACGUGCUGCUGCUGGAGAAGCUGCAGAGGCUGCUCUAUGCGCGGCUCGCGAGCAGGUCAGGUCAUGAGUCAGGGCGCGGAGAGACGCUGAUGUGACUGAUGACCAAAUGAGCGUAAUUGAGCCGAUGGGCCGGUCGCGGGGAGGGUUUUGCGGGUGUGAAGCGAGCGCUGGGCGAGGCGAGGCAGAGGGGCAAAGGCACAUUUACAUUGACUGUGCUCGGUGGGCCAACUCCGUAAUUGCCGAAGUAGAGCUGACCAAGAGUCUAGA